UAUAUCAUAUUGCCAGCAUUAGUAUAAAACUGAGUUUCAGGCUGUGUUGUUUUUAGAGGUUGUAUUCAGGAAUACACCUUGUCGUUUGGCGCUAUGGAAGAAGAAAUCGAAAGCAGUUUGUUGAACCAGUCUUUGACCAGACUGGACCGCUUCAGCAACCUGGAGGACAUCGACGUGGUGGCCGGCGGUAGCCUGGUUUUGAGACUCCUCAUAUGCUUCGUUUACUCGGUUGUGUGCGCAGUUGGUUUGGUCGGUAAUUUAUUGGUGCUUUUCUUGAUUCGAGUCAAGCAAGAGAGAAAAAAAUCGAGGGUUAAUUUAUUUGUCCUGAACUUGGCGGUGACAGAUUUUCAGUUUGUUUUGACUUUACCCUUCUGGGCAGUGGACACCGCGCUGGACUUCAGCUGGCCGUUUGGAAACGCCAUGUGCAAAAUCAUUCUUUCUGUCACAGUCAUGAACAUGUAUGCCAGCGUUUUUUUUCUGACUGCCAUGAGUGUGACCCGCUACUGGUCUGUUGUAUCCUCGCUGAAAGACCGAACCAGGCAAUGGUCUGUCUCUGCAAAAUGGGUCUGCGCAAUGAUUUGGGUAAUGGCAACCGUUGCGACGGCACCAACCUCUAUUUUUUCUUCUGUGACUAACGUGACGGGAGAAAAACUCUGUCUGUUGAGGUUCCCAGGUGGGCAAUACUGGCUGGCAGUUUAUCACAUUCAAAAGAUACUCAUUGGUUUCGUGUUGCCGAUGUCUAUCGUGUCCUUCAGCUACAUUAUGCUUCUACGCUUCAUUCGCCAUCGGAGCAUGAAACCGGGUAACCCGAAGAGGAGAUCGCAGGUAACGAAAUCUGUAACCAUCGUUGUUCUGUCCUUUUUCCUCUGCUGGAUGCCCAACCAGGCCAUCACCUUUUGGAGUGUGUUGGUGAAGCUGAACGCUGCAAACUGGGACAAGGCGUACUACAUAGUUCACUCGUAUGUGUUCCCGGUUACUGUGUGUCUUGCGCACGCCAACAGCUGCCUAAACCCCAUCAUCUACUGUCUCAUGAGGAAGGAAUUUAGAAAGAAACUGAAAGACUUAAUUUUUCGAGGAUGAGUUGUUAUUGAUGUUGUUGUUGUUGUUGUUCUACCAAUAAUCAUCUACCCAAACUUUGCCAACAUUCACCAAGACGCACCGGGAGCGCACGGUGCUUCUCCAUGCGCGCAUGGAGCGCAGCUUCACAGGAUCGAGGCGAUUGACAUUAAACAAGCGCGAUAUGAGGAUUUGAAUCGUUUAUUCAAUGGUGAUUGUUCUAUGUAUGCUUACUGUUGCCACGUUGACAUAAA